AUGUUGAAAUUAAAGAUUUCAGAACUUUCCACACUCAUUCAAAUGAAUGAAAUGAGUUUUGGUCGUCGUUUAGGUGCAACUGAAUAUGAAUUGGAACAGUGUAAAAAAGCGAAUGAAGAUGUUCUAAGUCAACAGACAGUUAAAAUUCAAACUUUACAAGCUGAGAGUCAAGCAUGUCAAAACCAUUUGUCAGACUUAAAAACUGAAUUGGAGCAAUGUAAGCAGACAAUACAAUUGAAACAAGAGAAAAUUGACCAGAUGGAAAUGUAUUUAUCUAAACUGCCAACAUUAGAAGAUUACAAGGAAACAUUGAAUAAAUUACAGCUUAUUCAAAAUCAGAAUAAAUUAUUGGAACAACGUGUUAAGAAAUAUAAAGACAAGCUGGACGAUUGUGAUUCACAGUUGACUGAGGCAAAUAAAGAAAUUCAACAUAGUAAAGAACGUGAACGAAUACUUCAAAUGCAGUUGGAUGCAGCUAUAGAGCGCUUAUAUGAAAAUAAAGACGACAAAUCCAAUUUGAAGGGUGUGAGAGUGACACCAAUGUUUGUUGAAGACUUGAAGUUCGAAUUAGAACGUUAUCGACUUGCUUUUGAACAAACUAGAAAACUUCUUGAAGCAGAAACAUGUCGUGCAGAAGCUGCAGAAACUCGUCAAAAAUUGGAACAACGAGAAUUCAAUGAAUAUCGUGCCCGUGAAGAAGCUGAGGUGACUGGCUUAAAAGCAUCGUUAUCCGCUAGACGCGCUGAAAUUAAACAACUAAAAGAUUAUCUAUCUGAGGUAACAUUAGAGAAACAAGAUUUUCUUUCAAAUCUUUUUGAAGCACACAACGCAUUAAUGAAUAUCCUGUCAAUAUGGAAAUCAACAAAUGGUCAAUUAUGUCAACGUUUAUUUGUUUAUAUACAAGAGAAUGUGGAUGAGAUUAUACGAUUAUCUAAACAAUUGCAUCAUCUAGCCAGUGGACGUAAAUUGGACCUUGCAGAGUUAUUAAUCCAACCGAAACCUGUAUCUGUUAGCCUGAAUGAUGAUGAGUUAUUAGAUGCUAAUAAAGAAGAUCAGUCAGCAUUUUGUCAAUCUAUUGAUAUUGACUUACUAACUAGUAAAAGUAAAGAUGGCGACAGCAUUGGAAAGACUGCAUGGCAGGAUUCAUUUCAUAAUGCUAUACAGAUUGCAACUCAACUAUCAGAUAAUAUCAAAACAGAACAACUUUAUAAUUCAUUGAACCAGUUGAAAAGAACCCGAACAUCACUAUUAGAACUGCGUCAACAACUUGCAAAUAAGUAUGCAGAUCAUUUAGGUGGGAAAAUAGAUUGCAUUGUUCAGUAG